GCCCUACCCUCACCUCCAUGAGGCACUUUCUGGGAAAGCAGCAGUUUGGGCUGGGGCAGGCUGGGUGCUGUGGUUCACCUGAGCAGGCCUUUACCUCGCCUCUGUCCAGGAGGAUGGCCUAGGUGGCCACUGUGCCAGGCUGUGAGAGAGCCCGGGCUGGUGUUCGAGCACUUUUCACAGGCCCCGCAGAAGCUGUCAACCUACAGCUGGUAUGGCAGCGCCAGGCUGUUCCGCUUCCACGUGCCUCGUGACACCGUGCUGCUGCGCUGGCUGCUGCAGGCCUCCCGGGACAGCGGCCUGGCCUGCUCCGAGAUGAACAUCACCGUACACUUCCGCCACGGUGCCCCUCCUGUCAUCAACCCACUGGGCACCAGAUUCCCGGAUGACACCUUGGUGCCCCAGUCCUUCUACAUCAAGAUGCUGCUGGGCAAUGCCUCGGUCAACAUGUCCUACCCAGCACCCGGGGAUUGGUUUGUGAUCGCCCACCUACCCCCGUCCUCCCAAAAGAUUGAAGUGAAGGGCUUCGUCCCCACCUGUGCAUACGUCUUCCAGCCUGACAUGCUGGUCACGCGGGUGAUUGAGUUCUCCAUCAUGGAGCCUGAUGUGCCUCUUGCACAGACUCUCUUCUCAUACCCCAACUACCUCAAAGUCUUCAUCCCCGAGUACACCCAGCAACUUCAGCUGGAGCUACAGGGCUGUAUAUCCAACCAGAGUGGAGGCUGCCCCGUGCGUCUCUCCGUGGGCUCGGCCACCUCUCCCGGCAGCUUCCAGAAGAUGCUCUCAUGUGCUGGUCGCACCCCAUCCUGCCACCUGCUGCUGGUCUCUCCACCCUGGGACCAGUGGUUGCAUGUGAUGGCCGAGAGUCUGGCAGGACCUCGUGCAUCUGUGGCUUUCAGUGCUGUUGCUGUACUUACAGCCUGCAGGCCCUGGACCGUGCCCUUUGAACCACUGUUGCAGAACCCUCUGAAUCAGAGUGGGAAUGCCUCUGCCCAGCAGCUGGCCCUGGGGCCUGGUGGCCAGGAGCUCGCCCAGGCUGGCAGGGCAGGCGGUGACCCGUUCUGCCUGCUGCACUACCCGGUAGUACGGGAAGACCUGGACGUGAUGUCUGUGCGUUUCCAGCCCCUGGACGGCAUCAUGGUGCUGGUGCGCUCAGGCAUGCCCUCACUGAUGCAACUGCGCCUCAACACGGGCAUGGACAGCGGGGGCUCCCUCACUGUCGUCCUGCGGGCCAACCAGACAACCCUAGCCAAUGGCACCUUGGUGGCAGCCUGCGUUACCGUGGCCUCGCCCUUCCUCAGCUUCAACACCUCAGUCAGCUGCACCACAGCCUUCUUCCAGGGCCAUGCCUUGUCGCUGAGCCCUUCCUCGUACUCAGACAAGCUCAUCAUCCCCUAUCCAGAGACUGCCACCUGGUACCUUUCCCUGCAGCUCCUGUGCCCCGACAGCCCCCAGGACUGCGAGCAGGUCAUGCUGCCUGUGGAGACCUCCGUGUACCUGGAGCCCUGCUGGAAUGACUGUGGGCGCUACGGCCAGUGCCUGCUGCUCCGCAGACACGGCUACCUGUAUGCCGGCUGUAGCUGUAAGGCAGGCUGGCGCGGCUGGAGCUGCUCGGAUAACAGCACUGCACAGACGCCAGCCCAGCAGAGGGUGGCUGCACUGCUGCUCACACUUAGCAACGUCAUGUUCCUGGUGCCCAUUGCCGUCUCACUGCAUCGUGCCCUCCUGGUCGAGGCCUCGGUCUACUGCUAUACCAUGUUCUUCUCCACGUUCUACCAUGCCUGUGACCAGCCGGGAGAGGCCGUGCUGUGUAUCCUCAGCUAUGACACGUUGCAGUACUGUGACUUCCUGGGCUCAGGCGUGUCUGCCUGGGUCACGGUCCUCUGCAUGGCCCGGCUGAAGACUGCCCUGAAACAUGUCCUGUAUCUCCUCGGCACGCUGGUUAUUGCCAUGUCCUUGCAGAUGGACCGCAGGGGCAUGUGGAAUAUGAUGGGGCCCUGUCUCUUUGCCUUUGUGAUCAUGGCCUCCAUGUGGGUGUACCGCUGUGGACACAGACACCAUUGCUACCCUACAUCCUGGCAGCGUUGGGCCUUCUUCCUCCUGCCGGGCAUCUGCAUGGCCUCUGUGGGCAUUACCAUCUACACAUCCAUGAUGACCAACGACAACUACUACUACACCCACAGUAUCUGGCAUGUCCUGCUGGCAGCCAGCGCCGCACUUUUGCUUCCGCCCCGUGACCAGCGCACUGAGCCCUGGGCUUGCUCACCCAAGCUCCCCUGCCACUACCAGAUCUGCAGGAAUGACCGGGAUGAGCUGUACACCGUGACAUGACAGGCUGUCCCUCUGCAUUCCCAUCUCCAUCCAAAUAAAACUGCCCAGCGCUCUCA